AAUCACCAGUACGGAAACAGAAGAAAUUCCUGAAAAAAAGAAGCAAACUCACCUCCUAGGAAGAAAUGGAGAGACAUUGUGUGUUCGUUGCCACUUUUAUGCUGAUACUUCACCUUCUUCAAGCUCAAGAUCAACCCGGAUUCAUCAAUGUUGAUUGUGGUUUACUCCCUCGUGAUUCUCCUUACAACGCACUUGGAACCGGUUUAGUAUAUACAUCAGAUGCCGGUUUAGUUAGCAGUGGGAAAACCGGUAGAAUCGCCAAGGAAUUCGAAGCGGACAACAGUACGCCGAAUUUGACAUUGAGGUAUUUUCCAGACGGAUUACGAAACUGCUACAACUUAAAUGUGAGCCGUGACACCAACUAUAUGAUCAAGGCCACAUUUGUAUAUGGAAAUUACGAUGGUCAUAAUGAUGUACCGAACUUCGAGCUUUACUUGGGUCCAAAUUUAUGGGCAACGGUAAGCCGUAGUGAAACUAUUGAGGAGAUCAUCUAUGUGACGAAAUCGAAUUCGUUACAAGUCUGCCUUGCUAAGACGGGAGAAACUGUACCUUAUAUUAAUAUCUUGGAGCUACGACCAUUAAGGAAAAAUGUAUACGUUACUGAAAGUGGCUCACUCAAGCUCUUAUUCAGGAAGUAUUUUAGUGAAUCAGGUCGUACUAUAAGGUAUCCAGAUGAUAUCUAUGAUCGUGUAUGGCAUGCAUCCUUCCUGGAGAAUAAUUGGGCACAAGUAACAACGACUCUAGAUGUAAACGUUACUGAUAAUUAUGAAUUAUCACAAGAUGUAAUGGCAACAGGCGCAACACCUCUAAACGAUAGCGAGACAUUGAACAUUACAUGGAACGUAGAGCCUCCUACUACAAAGGUUUACUCCUACAUGCACUUUGCAGAGCUUGAGACACUAAGGGCCAACGAUACAAGGGAAUUCAAUGUGAUGCUGAAUGGAAAUGAUUUAUUUGGACCUUACAGUCCAAUACCGCUAAAGACCGAAACGGAAACCAACUUAAAACCAGAGGAAUGCAAUGAUGGGGAAUGUAUUUUGCAGCUUGUGAAGACGUCAAAAUCAACUCUUCCGCCUUUACUUAAUGCUAUCGAGGCUUUCACGGUGAUUGAAUUCCCACAACUGGAGACAAAUGAAGAAGACGCUGCUGCUAUAAAAAAUGUUCAAGAUGCUUAUGGAUUGAAAAGAAUCACUUGGCAAGGAGAUCCAUGUGUCCCCAAACAGUAUUCGUGGGACGGUCUAAAGUGCAAUUACUCGGAUACUACUCCACCAAUAAUCAAUUUCUUAGACUUAUCUGCAAGUGGAUUAACCGGGAUCAUCACGCCUGCCAUUAAAAAUCUUACUCACCUAGAAAUAUUGGCCUUGUCAAAUAACAAUUUGAGUGGAGAAGUACCUGAAUUUCUAGCUGACUUAAAAUCAAUCAUGGUCAUAGACUUAAGAGGCAAUAAUCUCAGUGGUCCGGUUCCUCUCUCGCUUCUUCAGAAGAAAGGAUUGAUGCUACAUCUCGACGACAAUCCCCAUAUUAUUUGCUCAACUGGUUCAUGUAUGCACAAAGGAGAAGGCGAACAAAAGAGUAUCCUUGUACCAGUGGUUGCAUCAAUUGUUUCAUUGGCUGUUAUUAUAGGUGCACUCGUCCUGUUCCUUGUUUUCAGAAAGAAAAAGGCAUCAAAAGUUGAAGGGCCACUACCAUCUUAUAUGCAAGAAUCAGAUGGUAGAUCGCAGAUAACCUCUGAACCAGCAAUAGUGACGAAAAAUAAAAAGUUUACUUACUCACAAGUUGUGAUAAUGACAAAUAACUUCCAAAGAAUUCUUGGGAAAGGAGGGUUUGGAAUCGUUUAUCAUGGUUUUGUGAACGGUAUUGAACAAGUAGCUGUUAAGAUACUCUCUCAUUCAUCAUCUCAAGGAUAUAAACAAUUCAAAGCCGAGGUAGAACUUCUUCUUAGAGUUCAUCACAAGAAUUUGGUUGGUCUCGUUGGGUAUUGCGACGAAGGAGAGAACAUGGCUCUUAUCUAUGAAUACAUGGCCAAUGGAGAUUUGAAAGAACAUAUGUCAGGAAGAAGAAACCAAUUUGUUUUAAAUUGGGGAACUAGACUAAAAAUAGUCAUCGAUUCUGCGCAAGGACUUGAGUAUUUGCAUAAUGGAUGCAAACCACCAAUGGUUCAUAGGGACGUCAAAACCACAAAUAUAUUGUUGAAUGAACACUUUGAGGCCAAACUAGCUGAUUUUGGGCUUUCGAGGUCAUUUCCGACUGGAGGUGAAACUCAUGUGUCAACAGUUGUUGCUGGAACUCCUGGAUAUCUCGAUCCCGAAUAUUACAAAACCAAUUGGUUGACAGAGAAGAGUGAUGUCACCUUUGUUAAUGAGCUAUGAGCUUUUGACAUUGAUACAUGUGAAUAAAAGUUCAAAGUCUAUUAUUUUUCCGCCGUAAUGUAUCAGUUUCGAAUCAAUGCAUUUUUUGUUUGGAAAAUAAAGUUUUACUCUUGUU